GCAGCUGUCCCACCACCACACCCUGCUCAUGAUCGCGGUUCUCUGCUCGCUCACAUCCCGAGUGUUCGGUGCACCGAUUGAGACGGCUAUGUCGACCGCCCAUGUCGAUCCUGUCUCGACGGCGAGUGCGGGAGAAGUUCGGAGUGUUACCCCGGACGGAUGUCGUUUGUACUACUGCAUCUAAUGAGCUCUCUGAAGCGAGGGGUUGUUUACUUUGUCUGCCCUCUGAAUGAAACGCUUUUCGUGUGUCC